AAGAGCCGUUUAGACCAAACCCAUUUUAUAAUCACAAUGGAUGAUGAUGGAUUUCGCAAUUGGGGAUACUAUGAACCAGCGGCUGCUUCAUUUAAAGGUAAUCUUGGUUUGCAGCUUAUGUCUACUAUUGAUCGGAACACUAAACCGUUUUUACCCGGGCGUGAAUCGAAUCUGAUGAUCGGUUCAAACGGUUCGUAUCACCCGCGAGAGCACGACAUGAACUAUAGCUGGAUUAAUCAACCCAAGGACAACAAGUUCUUCAACAUGUUGCCUAUAAGCACCCCGAAUUACGGGAGUGUGAUGUCCGAAACUUCUGGUUCGAAUUCGAUGCAGAUGAUACAUCAACCGGUUGUGAAUUCAUCCCGGUUUGAGGAGAUUCCGGUUCCUCCUCCUCGUGAAGAUGAAAUUGUUCAGCCUAGUAAGAAGAGAAAGAUGAGAGGUAGCAUCUCAACACCAACGAUACCGAAAGCUAAGAAGAUGCGUAAACCGAAAGAGGAGAGCGACGUUACUAAUAGCAAUGUUAAACAGCAGCGUGUGAAACCGGUUAAGAAGAGUGUUGAUCUUGUGAUUAAUGGUGUGAGUAUGGACAUUUCUGGUUUACCUGUACCGGUUUGCACUUGUACUGGAACUCCUCAGCAAUGUUACCGUUGGGGAUGUGGCGGAUGGCAAUCUGCUUGUUGCACAACUAACAUUUCGGUGUAUCCUUUACCGAUGAGUACUAAGAGACGCGGGGCAAGGAUUUCAGGUAGGAAGAUGAGUCAAGGCGCGUUUAAGAAGGUCCUAGAGAAAUUAGCAACAGAAGGUUAUAGCUUUGGGAAUGCGAUUGAUUUGAAGAGUCAUUGGGCUAGACAUGGAACCAAUAAGUUUGUCACGAUCAGAUAGUUUGAGUUUUUCUCAUUGAUCGUGUAUAUACAACAACUUGUGACCUUUGUUUUCCUUCUUCUUCUUCAAGGUAACUUCUUCGUUUUAGGGUUUGAUCAUAUCUUAAUUCAUACAUUCUUAAUGUUCUGUUUUUGUUUGUUUGAAGAUUUCUUUGAGAAAAUCUGUAGGAAGCAAAAAUGUUGUUUUUCUUUUCUUUCUUUUUCUUUUGCAACAUUAGAUGUUGACUUGUAACAUUAGAUGUUGUUUUGAUAAAAUGUUGUAUGUUAA